ACGACACGACGUUUGCAAAGUAAAGAAUAGGAAAAGCAAGAAAAAUAAUCUCGAAUCUGAACAAAAAAGCUGUGUUUAUUUAUUUCAAUUGGUAAAAUUUUAAAAAAUCAAGCUAAAAAUCAUGAGCUGCAACGAUAAAGGCGAUGUGUCGCGAGAAGAUUGGCAAUCCCGGCUGGAAACGUUCCAGUCGUUCAAACAAGACGACAUAAAUAAGCUAAUUAUGAACUACUUGGUGACAGAGGGUUUCAAGGAGGCGGCGGAAAAGUUUCAAGCCGAGUCCGGAGUGGAACCGUCGGUGGAUUUGAGCUCUCUUGACAACAGAAUCCUUAUCCGGGAAGCGGUCCAGAACGGGCGGGUGCAGGAGGCUGUGAGGCAGGUGAACCAGUUGCAUCCAGAGCUGCUCGACAACGAUCGCUAUCUGUACUUCCAUCUCCAGCAGUUACAUCUGAUUGAGUUGAUUCGGGCGGGCAAGAUCGAGGACGCGCUGACCUUUGCGCAGACGCAAAUCUCCGAGGCGGGCGAAAGCAACCCUGAAGUGUUGAACGAGCUGGAACGAACACUGGCACUUUUAGCCUUCGAGCAGCCCCAGAAGAGUCCGUUCGCCGAUUUGCUAGACCAAACGCACCGCCAGAAGGUGGCCAGUGAACUUAACGCGGCAAUUCUCAAGACGGAACACCAGGAGCAAUCGAGCCCUCGGAUGAUUAACGUGCUCAAGCUGAUAUUGUGGGCUCAGGCCGAGCUCGACAAGAAGAACGUAAAAUAUCCCAAAAUGAGCGACUUGGCCACCGCGGCCAUUGAUCCGAAAUAAGUUAGAGGAUGUCAGCGAGGAGUGGGAAAUUUAUAAUAUAUGAUUAUUGUGUAAACCAUGAACCAUCUAUAAAUAUUGUGGUAAACUGAUGGAACGACGGGUUUGGAAAAUGGUCAUGUGGUGUGUUUGUUGCGGGAAUGGUAUAAAAUUUGCCACAUGAUUUGCAAAAGCUUUCACGAA